GUAAAUUACGGUAAAUAGCAGACGCACUGAUUACUAAAACUAAUGCUAACUGCAUUAGAGUGUUAAAAUUAUUAAUGCCAGAUUUAAAAAACGUGAAUGCAAACAGGUAUACAAAUUACCAUACAAAAAUGUUUACGUUUCGUGUUUAAAUAGAGAUGUUGGCACAUAGGUAAAUCAGUCCUCCUUAAAAAUGGCAACACUUCAAUCCAGAAAUGCUGUACCGUCUGUUAAAAUAUGAAAGAAUAUUAACACAAUAAAAGAAUGUACAAAAUAAUACUUUAAAGCCUAACUCUAUAACUGCUCAAAUCGAAGUUUAAUAAUGCAAUUAUUGUCAAAUGUUAUUUUCAGUGCACAGUUAAUAGAACAUUUUAAGAACAAUUUCUAUUUAAACGAUUUCUAAAUCUAUUGAAUUGGGGGGAUUGCAAUGUAUUGGCGAUUAGAUAUUUUACCCUUAUUCCCAAACGAUGUCAUACUCUUGAUAAAUGCAGUGAUGUUAUGUAGUUGUUUCAACAUCAUUUGUUUUUAUGUAUAAUCUUUUUUCAAAUUGCAAACAAAUACCAACCAGCAUUGUGAUCUUUCUGGGCGAACCGGUACGGGGCCGCCCAGAAACAAUGCAUAACUUAGAUUAUUUCCGUUUUUUUAUUAUCUGAUGCUGAAGGAUGUUUUAUUUUGAAAAAUUACCGGAUUCUCUCCGCCGCAUCUGCCCAUGACUCACACUUGAUGCAUGUCAGCGUGCUCGCCUUCGUCACAAAAAACAAACGUCUUUGGAAAGUUCGUUUGCUCAGAGUAAAAGAGUCAGUGAGGAGACAAGAAGAAGAGCCUACGUCUUCAAAGAAGAAGAAAGCCUGACAUCUGACAGAACAUUCCCGGAGUCCUACUUAAAAUAUGGAUUUAUUGCGACAGGUUGUUCCCACGCACCGUGCACGCGCAGCAUACAAUAUGCGGCGAGCGGCUCUCUAAUGAGGUGUUUUCAGGUCUUCAAGGUCAUUCAUCAGCUGGUGGACACAGAAGAGGACAUCCUGAUGGUGGCGACAGAUGUAAUCAAAGAGUUUGCAGCAGAUUCUGUGAAAUACUUGGAGCUUCGAAGUACACCAAGGGAAGAGAAAAACACAGGGUUAACAAAAAGGAAAUAUAUUGAAACCAUCAUCAGAGCAAUCCAGAUGUGUAAAAAUGAAGGACUGGACAUUGAUGUCAGGUUUCUCGUGGCCAUCGACCGGAGGAAUGGACCUGAGGUUGCCAUGGAGACAGUAAAGCUGGCCGAGGAGUUUCUGCUCUCUUCUGAUGGUCUGGUGGUGGGACUUGAUGUCAGUGGAGACCCUACGGUUGGUAGUGUGAAAACUUUACUUCCAGCUCUAGAGAGGGCAAAGAACAGUGGACUGAAAUUGUCACUGCACCUUUCAGAAGUACCGUCCCAGCUGGAGGAGUCCGACCUGCUGUUGAAUUUACCUCCUGACAGGAUCGGACACGGAACCUUCUUACAUCCUGAGGUUGGCGGAUCUCAAGGUCUUGUCGAUAAAGUGCUGAAGCACAAUAUUCCAUUAGAAUUAUGCCUCACGUCUAACGUUAAAGGACAAACGGUUCCAUGUUACUCCAAGCAUCACUUCAAGUACUGGUACCAGCUUGGACAUCCCACUGUGAUCUGUACUGACGAUAAAGGAGUCUUCUGUACAGAAUUGUCUCAGGAGUAUCAGCUGGCAGCGUCCACCUUUGGUCUCAGUCGUGAAGCCAUGUGGAAACUCUCGCAGCAGGCCAUAGACUGUACGUUUGCACCGGAGGUGGUGAAGGAGCAGCUCAGACAGAAGUGGACAGAUUUACAGCCGCAGGUGUUUCCAUGACAGUGAGUGGAAC